CAUGCGUUAGUGAAGCGCUCCUCUCCGGCUGCUGGUGAAGCGCUAGCUACCUGUUAUGUCAUCCGGAGCUAGGAAGCAGCUACACUUCUUCUUGAGAGCCUCGAACCAGCUACUUCACACCCGUCACAAUGUUGGGGGCGGUGGUUGUUGGCAUUGGCACAGCAGGUUGGGUGAGGAUUAGAGACAUGUUAGCUCCUCUACUUGGCAGUCCUGCAGUGAAACUCAAUGUCAGAGGAUUCAUAUCCAGAAGAAGCUUGGACCCUCAGCAGGGUGUGAGUCAAAUCUCCGAAGAGGAAGCUGUGAGUAGAGAAGACAUUCAAGUAGUGUUCAUCUGCACUGAGAAUGUGUUACACGAGGACAACGUCAGAACUUUUCUGCAGGCAGGGAAACAUGUCUGUGUUGAGUAUCCCAUGACCAUGAACUACAAGGCUGCUGUGGAGCUCUGGGAUUUAGCCCAGAAAAAAGGAGUGAUUCUCCACGAGGAACACAUUGAGCUGCUAACAGAAGACUACAAAGAACUGAAGAGAGAGGUAGAGGGUAAAAUCCUGCAGGACGGUACUCUUCAUUUUACAGGUGGAGCUCUGAAGCCUGGAUUUGGUUUCCCAACAUUCAGUGGCAUUGCUCGCCUCACCUGGCUGGUUGAGUUGUUCGGUAAGCUGUCGGUAACUGUAGCAACCAUAGAGGAAGACUCAGGUAGUAACUACAGCAAGAUGACUGCAAAGCUGCUAACUUCUGACAACAGACCUUUGACGUGGAUUGAGGAACGGGGACCGGGCCUCCCCAGGGCCAAGAACAUCAACUUUCACUUUGACUCCUGCACUCUGACCCAGAUCCCACCUGCACCAAGAGGGAACGUUGGUCUCUUCAUGCAGGACCUGAUCCACUUCUCUGCCAAGCUGGCAGGACAAGUGAGCAGCGAGGAGCUCCAGAGAGAGAAACUCAGGGUCCUCCACUGCUUGCACUUGGCAGAGACGAUACAACAACUUUGCUUGAGUUAAAUGGGGAGUCUGCAUUAAAUAUUAUUAAACGUGAGCUUAUCUUCAUAUUUCAUCACCAGUGCCAAGUUUGUGUUAUAUGUUGUAAAAACUUUCAAAGUGUGACUUAAUAUUAUUUCAUUAAAAUAGAUUAAUGUUGA